AUGCAGACAACCAUGACACCACCCCUGGACGACAGCGCAAACCCCACAUUUGACACGGAGCUAGCUCGAGCCAUUUGCAACCUUGAGGUUCCAAAGAAAAUCAAUUUCUCCCCCGAUGGCCAACGAGUUCUAUACUCGACCUCUCUGAGCGGUAAUCAGCGUAGAGAUAAACACCCCAUUUCAACACUGUGGUUGGCGUCAACUGUAGGACCUGGCUCAUCACGCCAGUUGACCUCAGGUCUCUUCAGUGAUACCCUUCCGACUUGGCAUCCUUCCGGAAAGAAGAUCGCAUUUCUGUCCGAUCGUUCGAAGCCAGGCGAGAGCUUCGCGAUUUGGUGCUUGCGCCUGGAUGGAGGUGACGCAAUUCCCAUCACGCCAACCGAGAACGCCCGAGGUAUUGAGACCUUUGCCUUUUCACCCAACGGAGAGAGCAUUGCCUAUGUUUCACCUGACGAGAAAAGCCAGGAUCUCAAGGACAGGGAGGAAAAGGACGAAGUUGAUCCCGCUGUCUGGGGUACUCAGUGGGAAUACGGCCGGCUGCGGCUUAUUGAUGUGGCCUCCAAGCACAUCAAGACUGUCGUGGCAGAAAAUAGACACGUCACCGAAAUAGCGUGGAGUCCCGAUGGCAACAGUGUGGCUUUUCUCACCAACGAAAACCCCCACAUAGAGGAGUCCAUGCUGACAGGCACGACAAUAUCGAUCGUCAACAUCGAAACAUUAGAAAUCAGGGAUCUGUGCACGGUCCCGAACGAAUUAUCUUCCCUGAUUUGGGCACCCGAUGGCCAGAUAUAUUUUAUCACUGGCCACCCCAUCGAUAAAGACUGUGGAGGACGGUCUGUAUACACCGUCAAUCCCACAGCAGCCCAAGGCAAUUUCGUCAAGGUUGCGUGCGGAGAGGAAGAUGGUGCUGAAUCGUUCAUCGUGACAGGCAGAAAGCUGCUGGUAAACCGCAGCGUCAGGCUUCAUAGUGUGAUUAGCGAGCUGGGUGGGAAAGACCUGUUCCGAAAGAACACAGAACUUUGGGUGUGCGACGUCUUCAUACAUCCCAACAUUGGUACGGUAACUCUCGCGGCCAGCUUGUCUAACACUAAUACACCUUAUGAAGUAUUCAUCGUCCAGCAGGGCCAGGACGACCUGAAGCUUUCGGACCAUGGCAAGACACUCAAGGACCGGUCAUUUGGCUCGUGCUCUGUGCUCACUUGUCCCUCUGCAGAUGGAGAGGUUGAGCUGGAUGGUCUUUACAUUACUCCAACCGCCAGAAUGGGAGACGACGGUGUGCCUGAGAAACCACUGCCGACAUUUGUUAUCAUCCACGGAGGUCCAACGGCCCGCGACUGCAACUGCUUUGACUCGUCAUGCUACAACUGGGCUCCAUACCUUCUUGCCAGGGGCUACGGCGUGCUUCUCCCGCAGUAUCGCGGCUCAAGUGGCCGUGGCGAGAAGUUCGCCUUGUACAGCAUGGGCGGGCAGGGAAAGUACGACUACGCCGAUGUAAUCUCCAUCACCGACAACGCUAUCAAGAAGGGCUUCGCCGAUGCGAAAAAGCUCAUCGUCGGUGGCUGGAGUCAGGGUGGCCUCAUCACUUAUCUGUGCAGCGUACGCAAUGGCCUGCACGGACUAGGCUGGCGCUUCAACGCCACCAUUGCCGGCGCAGGUGUCUGUGAGAUUGAAAGUCUGGCCCUGACAGCAGAUCUUGGCUCUACCCUUGAGAAAGAGCUGGCUGGCGGGUAUUCCAUCUGGACGCUCGGUCACGAUGAUACGAGGAACCGUCAGGGCAGUGCGCUGUGGGAGGUGGCAAGCGCGGUCGAGAAGUCGCGGCAUCAGGAAGAGCCUGUCAUUCCACCCAUGCUGAUCCUGCAUGGAGACAAGGAUGAGCGAUGCCCUUUCUCCCAGGCGGAAGGUUUUCGGCGCGCGUUGAGAGCUCAUGCACUGCCGUGCGAGUUUGUGGCGUACCCCGGCGAGGGUCACGGUAUAGAGCGUCAGAGAUUCUGGCUGGAUAUGCUUGAGAGAAUAGAGAGGUGGUGUGAUAAAUAUAUUGGACAGGAAAAGGAGGCUUCGUUACCAAUGAGGUAA